AUGCAAGUGGGCAGGGGCAUGAUGAUGAUGAUGAUGAUGAUGAUGAUGAUGAUAAUGUAGUAGUAGUAGUAGCAUAGCAGCUAACGUUAGUGACCGCUCGCUAGCAAGCUACGGAUUAACAAAAUGAACGAACCUGAGUGACAGAGGCAUCUUCCGAGAUGGCGAUUUCUUCCUUAUCUUUCGGGGUUUUGACUGUAACCUUAAUAAUAGUUCCCUCCGAAGAGACCGUUGUAUUAUUGUUGUUAUUAACAGGAUCUUCACCGCCGUUGUCCGCCAUUUUUACUUCUCCGAUAGAAUCGAUCGGAUUUGGCGUCCACUUCCGGGUCAAUAUAGGUCACCACUUCCUUUCCAAAAAAGUUGCCUCAUGAUGACACGUAUUUUGAACCAAACAGACCGAUUUACAUGCCUUCGCUCAGAGACAAUAAAGCUGCUGCCUUAGCAUUGUCUUCUAUGGUAGGCUAGUGAAAUAUUCCAAUGAACAAAAUUGAAUACAUACAGUACCAGUCAAAAGUUUGGACACCUACUCAUUCAAGGGUUUUUCUUUAUUUUUUACUAUUUUCUACAUUGUAGAAUAAUAGUGAAGACAUCAAAACUAUGAAAUAACACAUAUGGAAUCAUGUAGUAACCAAAGAAGUGUUAAAGAAAUCAAAAUAUAUUAUUAUUUUAUAUUUUACAUUCUUCAAAGUAGCCACCCUUUGCCUUGAUGACAGUUUUGCACACUCUUCGCAUUCUCUCAACCAGCUUCACCUGGAAUGCUUUUCCAACAGUCUUGAAGGAGUUCCCACAUAUGCUGAGCACUUGUUGGCUGCUUUUCCUUCACUCUGUGGUCCAACGCAUCCCAAACCAUCUCAAUUGGUUUGAGGUCGGGUGAUUGUGGAGGCCAGUUCAUCUAAUGCAGCACUCCAUCACUCUCCUUCUUGGUCAAAUAACCCUUACACAGCCUGGAGGUGUGUUUUGGGUCAUUGUCCUGUUGAAAAACAAAUGAUAGUCCCACUAAGCGCAAACCAGAUGGGAUGGUGUAUCGCUGCAGAAUGCUGUGGUAGCCAUGCUGGUUAAGUGUGCCUUGAAUUCUAAGUAAAUCACUGACAGUGUCACCAGCAAAGCACCCCCACACCUCCUCCUCCAUGCUUCACGGUGGGAAUCACACAUGCGGAGAUCAUCCGUUCACCUACUUUGCGUCUCACAAAGACACGGCGGUUGGAACCAAAAAUCUCAAAUUUGGACUCAUCAGACCAAAGGACAGAUUUCCACCGGUCUAAUGUCCAUUGUUCGUGUUUCUUGGUCCAAGUAAGUCUCUUCUUCUUAUUGGUGUCCUUUAGUAGUGGUUUCUUUGCAGCAAUUCGACCAUGAAGGCCUGAUUCAUGCAGUUUCCUCUGAACAGUUGAUGUUGAGAUGUGUCUGUUACUUGAACUCUGUGAAGCAUUUAUUUGGGCUGCAAUUCCUGAGGCUGGUAACUCUAAUGAACUAAUGGCUGGUAACUCUGCAGCAGAGGUAACUCUGGGUCUUCCUUUCCUGUGACGGUCCUCAUGAGAGCCAGUUUCAUCAUAGCGCUUGAUGGUUUUUGCGACUGAACUUGAAGAAACUUUUAAAGUUCUUGAAAUGUUCUGUAUUGACUGACCUUCAUGUCUUAAAGUAAUGAUGGACUGUCAUUUCUCUUGCUCAUUUGAGCUGUUCUUGCCAUAAUAUGGACUUGGUAUUUUACCAAAUAGGGCUAUGUUCUAUCAAUUCUAUCUAUUUUUGUGUUCCAACCUUAUUCAAAUAAAUAUUUGUACGUUUUAUUUCAAUAUAAUCAAUACAUAACUGUUAUAAUAUAAACUUUUAUUAUUGUGUUAAUCUCUUCCCACAGCCGCUAACUCAACAAGCUCCCCUGGAGGAGUGCCAUGAGUCUAGCAAACAAGAAGACCAUGGUGUCUUUAGCCUAACAUACAAACCAAGCGUGAUUUGGAGUUGCAGUUUGAAAAACCUGUCAUAUCAUGAAAUUGCCAACCCAUCACUUUUAUCUCUUUGAUAUCCCCACCACCCACCCACCUUGCAUAAUGAAGCAGUCAUAAACAGAACCUUAUCUGCAUCUUUGGCGUCUGCAACCUUUAGACGUCUGUGCCGUGAUUAAAUGCUAAUACUGAAUGGAAGAAAUGUGAAAUGAAACGGCAGUCAUAAUUGCUAUGUUUGAUCCAUUGAUUCCAGUGGUGGAAAAAGUACCCAAUUGUCAUACUUGAGUAAAAGUAAAGAUACCUUAUUAGAAAAUGACUCAAGUAAAAGUAAAAGUCACCCAGUAAAAUUCUACUUCAGUAAAAGUCUAAAAUUAUUUGGUUUAAAAUAUACUUAAGUAUCAAAAGCAAAUGUAAUUGCUAAAAUAUACUUAAGUAUCAAAAGUAGAAGUCAAAGUAUAAAUCAUUUCAAAUUUCUUAUAUUAAUCAAACCGGAUAGCACCAUUUUAUUUUUAUUUUUUAUGGAUAGCCAGGGGCACGCUCCAACACUCAGACAUAAUUUACAAAUGAAGCAUAUGUGUUUAGUGAGUCCGCCAGAUCAGAGGCAGUGUGGAUGACCAGGGAUGUUCUGUUGAUAAGUGUGUGAAUUUGACAAUUAUCCUGUCCUGCUAAGCAUUCAAAAUGUAACGAGUACUUUUGGGUGUCAAGGAAAAAGAAUGGAGUAAAAAGUACAAUAUUUUCGUAAGGAAUGUAGUGAAGUAAAAGUAAAAGUAGUGAAAAAUAUAAAUAGUAAAGUAAAGUACAGAUACCCCAAAAAACGACUUAAGUAGGACUUUAAAGUAUUUUUACUUAAGUACUUUACACCACUGAUUGAUUCUGUUACAUAUAUAAUAAUAUAAUAUAUAAUAUGCCAUUUAGCAGACGCUUUUAUCCAAAGCGACUUACAGUCAUGUGUGCAUACAUUUUUACGUAUGGGUGGUCCCGGGGAUCAAACCCACUACCCUGGCGUUACAAGCGCUAUGCUCUACCAAUUGAGCUACAGAGGACAACAUGACACAGUGGUGGUGGCUUUUGAUGAAGGGUAUGACAUUUCUGUCAGUGGAAGAUGGCCUAUCCCUUAAUCAGACCUCACAGACUGUCUGUAGCUGUCUUUAGAUGGAUGUUUGUGUGUGUUUGUGUGUGUGUGUGUGUGUGUGUGUGUGUGUGUGUGUGUGUGUGUGUGUGUGUGUGUGUGUGAGCGUGUGUGUCUUUAAAAAAUACACUGUAUAAAUACUGUAAUGGAAAACUAUGAUCAAGAGUUUUCAACUUACAGUGUAUUUAAAAACAGUAUUAUGAGGAAGCAGGUGAGCUACAUAUUACAGAUGUAUUCUGUAUAUUACAGAGAGGACAACCAGUUAGACAGAGGGGCCAUCCCUCCCUAUAUGUGUGUCUAACUGUCUAUCCAUGCCGCCACAGCCCCACAUACACUGAAAGAAAAAUGUUGGCUUCAGCAUGUUGCAUUGACUCCAGCAGUACUGCAUACCUAUGCACAUCCACAAUUCUAGAAUAUACCAAAUACAAACCAACAAAAAGAAUAUGGAGCCCCCCAGCCAAAGCCCCUACCCUAACACCCUGACAACCCCCCCCCCCCCCCCCCCCCCCCCCCCCCGCCUACACUGAAAGGUCUGUGGGGGUCACAUGAUCCCGUGCCCCUAGCGAUGGCUCGUUUCAAUUGCAUCUGUUACAUGGGGACCGAUUGUUUAAUGAUUCUGCUUCCAUCAACAGAAAACACAGAGGGGAUAGCCCAGUGGAGUUCUCUUUCACUCUCCUAUCGCUCCUCCUAGGCUUGCAACGUCUCUCCUUCUCUCUCUCUCUCUUUCCCUCUAUCCCUGUCUCACUUUCUCCCCAGAAAGGUAGACGGUUAAGAGGGUGCUUUUACUGAAGAAACAAGGUAAGGGACAUCCUAAAUACAGUAUAUCUAUCUAAUGAUAAAAAUGUAUAGUUGUGCCAAAGACACAGUUACUCAGCUUAAUAGUGAACUGAAGUCUGAAAACAAGACAAUAGUGAACUAGUGGUUGAAUAACCACUGCUCAAACUAAAUUAAGUGCUUGGCAGAACUUACUUGGCAAAAGAGCUGAGGAUACUAGUUGUAAACGUACAUUCUAUGACAAUGUAAAAACUGCAUGCGUGUUUGUUUAUGCUAUAUGGAGCAAAUAUUCGAAUAUGUUAACCGGUGUAAUUUAAGGCUUAUAUAGAGCAUUUCAAAAUGUCAAAUUGCUCAAAUAAAGUGAUAUUCCCUGAGCAUGUCUAGCCGUCAAGCUUAGACUGUUUCUGACUUAUUGUGUGUGCCGUAGCAUCACAUAAAGUAGUGCUUAUGAGUGAGCACAACUGAUAAUAACUAUAAACUCUGUAAUAUAUGUGAUCCCAAAAUUAGCAGUAAUUUGAGACCACUGAGAUUCGGCAAUUUGUACUUUGGCUUUGAAAUAUUGUUGUCCAUGUAACAGUUAUUUCUGGUGUCAAGAAUCAUACUGAAUUUAUUUCUGUUUCUAUUACAGUCUCCACAGAAUGGAAUAAUUAUUAUUAAAACCGAGUGUGUUCUAUAUACCUAGAUCAUACCAGAUAGGUACAGGUGUGUGUGUAUGUGUGUGUGUGUGUGUGUGUAUGUGUGUGUGUCUAACCUCAUCAUCUCCCUCCCUAGUAUGAGGAGCUACGAAGUGGCCAGAGCAAACUGAGUGUGUGUCAUACAAAACAUUGUAUCAUCCAGGUGUGUUUAUCCCCCCUCCAUCGUCUUCCUAUGCAGUAUCAGCUCCUUCACAGUGGCCACAGCAGCAUCUCUCAGGAUGUAUAGCUUCAUGGGAGGGGGCCUGUUCUGUGCCAUGGUGGGGAACAUCCUGCUGGUGGUCUCCACAGCAACAGACUACUGGAUGCAGUACCGUCUGUCGGGCAGCUUCGCCCACCAGGGCCUGUGGAGGUACUGCAUGUCGGGCAAGUGUUACAUGCAGACGGACAGCAUCGGUGAGAACACACGUCAAGCACAAUCUCCCAAAUGGCACCCUAUUCCCUAUGCCCAUAGGGCUCUGAUCUAAAGUAGUGCACUAUAUAGGGAAUAGGGUACCAUUUGGGACAUAGCCUAAGAGAGCAAUAGUAAUUCAAACUACGUUUACCACUCCUGAACUUGACCCAAGUGAAUAGGCUACCAGCAGCAUCUCAGUAGUUAAUAGACACUUCCUCCUAGUCCAGUUAAAGUCAUUUGUCAGAGACAUCUCAUCAAUGGCUGCUUUGUUUCAUGUUACAAUCCUGUUUUCACAAACCUGUUACUGGAAAUGUAUUUUAGAGGAAUGUUGCGCAUGAUAAAUAUGGCGCCACCUAGAGGCUGAGAAUGGCGCUGGGCUUAGUUGUUAAUCUGCCUGAAGAAGGGAUGCUGGGGCUCUAUUGUUGUCAUCCUGCUCAGCCUCUGUCUGUCCCCUUCUAGCAUAUUGGAAUGCCACCCGGGCCUUUAUGAUCCUGUCAGGUAUGUCGUGCUUCGCGGGCAUCAUCACAGGCAUUCUCUCCUUCGCCCACUUCUCCACCUUCGAGAGGUUCAACCGCUCCUUCGCUGCAGGGAUCAUGUUUUUCAUCUCCAGUGAGUCUCACACACACACACACACACACACACACACACACACACACACACACACAGUACAGCAUAUUUACCUCUUAUAUUCCCCUUCCUUCUCCCAGCCUUAUUUGUUCUGCUGGCGAUGGCCAUCUACACAGGUGUGACAGUGAACUUCCUGGGCAAGCGCUUUGGUGACUGGCGCUUCUCCUGGUCCUACAUACUGGGCUGGGUGGCACUGCUCAUGACCUUCUUUGCA